AGUGACACCGAUAAAAAGCCGCCAAGGAACAUGAUAAAACAUUUGAGCUUUUCUGGUCAUCCUUUUUCCUCAAGGUGUUGAUGAUUAGACAUCGUUGAUCGAUUCUCCGAAAAAGAAAACAACAAACUUUGAAGAAAAAAAAUGUGGUUUUUUGGAUCGAAAGGGGCAUCUGGGUUCUCAUCUCGUUCGACAGCGGAAGAAGUCACACAUGGAGUUGACGGAACAGGACUCACUGCCGUCGUCACAGGAGCAUCGAGCGGUAUCGGAGUUGAGACGGCACGUGUUCUUGCCUUGCGUGGGGUUCACGUAGUUAUGGCAGUCAGGAACACUGGUUCAGGUGCUAAAGUUCAGGAAGAUAUCAUCAAUCAAGUUCCUGGAGCUAAGGUCGAGGUUAUGGAGUUGGAUCUCAGUUCUAUGGAAUCUGUCAGGAAAUUCGCGUCUGAAUACAAUUCUUCUGGCCGUCCUCUUAAUCUUCUCAUCAACAAUGCAGGGAUUAUGGCUUGUCCUUUCAUGCUUUCAAAGGAUAACAUUGAGCUGCAAUUCGCAACCAACCACCUGGGACAUUUUCUGCUGACAAACCUUCUACUAGAUACGAUGAAGAACACAUCUCGUGAAAGCAAACGAGGAGGAAGGAUUGUUAAUGUUUCGUCUGCAGCUCAUCGGUACCCAUAUAAAGAAGGAAUCCGUUUUGACACAAUCAACGACAAGUCGAGUUAUAAUACCAUGCUUGCUUACGGGCAGUCAAAGCUGUCCAACGUUUUGCAUGCCAAUGAACUCGCAAAGCAGCUUAAGGAAGACAGGGUGAAUAUCACCGCAAAUUCCCUUCAUCCAGGCGUCAUUACGACCAAUCUAAUGCGCCACCACAGCUUCAUCAAUGAUUUCUGUCGCCGGAUUGAUGCAGGAAUUGUUCAGGCAGUGGGGAAAUAUGUGCUGAAGAGUGUUCCACAGGGGGCGGCUACAACUUGCUACGUAGCAUUGCAUCCUCAGGUGGCUGAGGUAACCGGAGAGUACUUCCAAGACAGCAACAUAGGAAAACCGACUUCACUUGCAAAAGAUUCGGAUUUGGCCAAGAAACUAUGGGAUUUCAGUAUGAAUCUUACCAAAUCGAGAUAAGCAAAAGUUCUUACACAGCAUUUGUGUUCAUCUUCUCCGUUAGUGAUGUCUGUUUUUUUUUCUUUCCUUUCUGCAAGCCAGCCACAGUGAAUGUUACUUGUUCAAACUUUUUGUAUGAAUUGGAAACUGAAUGUAACCAAACUCUGUAUAAACUGAAUGUAACACAAAUAUCUUUUGUAAACUUUUCUUCCC